AUGUCAGUGACUUUAUACAGCAUAAUUUUUGCUCUUGGGAUUAUCGGUAAUGGAUUGGUCAUCUGGAUUGCCGGAUUCAGGAUGAAGAAGACGAUCAGUGCUGUGUGGUUCCUCAACCUGGCCAUUGCAGACUUCCUAUGCUGUGCUUCUCUUUCUCUACGAAUUGCAGAGUUGGUUUCCCAUUGGGAAAACUCACGACAUUUUUGCACAUUGAGCAUUUUUUUUUUCCUUCUUAACAUGAGCGCCAGUGUUCUUCUCCUGACGGCCAUGAGUAUUGACCGCUGUGUAUCCGUCAUGUGGCCAUUUUGGGCUAAAAUUCAUAGGACAUGUAAACUAGUGCGGAUCAGUGCGGCCAUCAUCUGGGUGUUGAGUUUCCUCUUGACUUGUAUAUUGUAUUACACCUAUGAAAGCCAUUUGAAUGAUUUGUCUGAAUGGUGUGUUCUCUUUUUUUCUUAUUCCUUAUAUUUCUGUGACAGAAAACAGGCCAUUCAGCUGAUCCGGUUAUUUAUAAUGUUUGUGAUCCCUUUUCUCAUCAUCUUGAUCAGUUAUUACGUCAUUUUAAUCAAACUUAGAAAAAGUAAGAGAUCCCGGAGAUCCCAGAGGCCGUACAGGAUCAUCACCGCCAUAAUAUUAUGUUUCUUUAUCUGCUGGUGCCCAUAUUAUAUCUGGCCACUGACACUUAUGUAUAGUGGAAAAACUUUUAUAUUGCAUACAGUAUAUAUUAUUAUUGUUAAUCUCGCUUGCUUUAACAGUUGCAUUAAUCCAAUCAUUUAUGUAUUAAUGGGCCAAGACUUUAAACAUAGUUUCUUUAGAUCUAUCCCCUCCAGGCUUGAAAGAGCCUUAAGUGACCAACCCAAUGACCUGUGCAGAGAAAGCGAGGGUUGUCAACAUGUUUUCACUAAAUAUGUUUAA